UAUGUGUGUUGACCAAAUUGAAACGUGUAAAAACAUCGAAAGUAUACAUUCUGAGUUAACAUACGACGUCUGGCAAAAUGAGAAUAGAUCUAGCACAAAUUGUAUCGAAAAUAAUGUUGCGUUAUACGGUCACGUCAACUCGCUAGGAACCGAUAUUAAAUCUGAUAAAAUUAUUACCGAUACCGAUAACAACGUAAGCACCAUAAUAAGCCAAAAAUGCUGUCAACUAAAUUGCACGAGUGUGUUGGGCGGUAGUCAUAAUUCGCAGUGUAUUAAUACAAAUAUGGAAACAAAUGGAAACACAUAUACUCCAGCAGCCUCUUCUCAAGGUGACACUGUGUUCAUGUUUGAUAAGAAGGGUGUUCGGUGUGCACACUUAAACGUAUGUCAUUUGCUUCCGAAACUUGAGGAAAUUAAAUACCACCUUUGUCAAUCGUAUUCGCCAAAUAUAUUAGGUUUAUGUGAAACUUUUUUACACGCAGAUAUCAAUGACAAUAUGCUGCAAGUUAAGAAUUACACGUUUGAAAGGAAAGACCGAGAACAUAAAAAGGGAGGGGGUAUUCUUGUUUACGUGAACAAUAAUAUACAGUACCGUAGACGUCUAGAUCUCGAGGUAAAUGACAUUGAAUCGAUUUGGCUUGAAAUUAAUGGUCUAUAUUGCAAAUCGCUCUUAAUCAAUUUCAUUUAUCGACCUCCGAACUCCCAACAAAAAUGGAUUGACUUAUAUGAUAAGCAACUGGGAAUGUUCAUGGUAUACUUUCUUCUACACCUGUCGCCAUGGAUACUAGUUUUCAUUACAAUAGAACGUGUUGUAGUAGUUGUCUUUCCAUUGCAUAUUAAACAUAUAUUUACACUUAAACGUGCUAUUUUAGUCUUCGCUGUUACUGUUUUCUUUUUUACAAUACUAGAUGCUCACUUAUUGUUUCAUUUUCACCUUAUACCGGCUAACUUUGUUGUGCAAAAUGUAACAAAUAAAAGUGGGCUAGACCUUCCACAGCGAGCUGUAUGUGUUUACAAUGAAAGACAUACUUUUUUCAUGUUCAAAAUUUGGAACUGGAUUGAUUUCGUCUUUGCAUUUGGCAUACCGUUUCUUACACUGUUUAUUGGGAAUAGCCUUAUUAUUAGAACAUUAAUUAGUCAAGAGACUUUUAGGCACACCAGCUCGCUUAGGCCUGAGGUAAACCGUCGAACAAGCGAUAGUAAACGAUGGACAAAGGUCAGUGUUAUUCUCAGCCUGGCCUUUAUCAUGCUGGCGUUACCUAUUGUCGUGUACCAGAUUGGCCAACCAUUCUGGGUACCCGAACAACCAGACCAAGCCACUCGCAACACCCUGGAGUUGAUCCAAGUCAUCCUACAUAUUCUACUGUACACGAACAGCGCUAUAAAUGUCGUCCUGUUUCUCCUGCUCGGAAAUGCGAGGUUUCGGAAAGAGUUUAUGAAACCUUUACGAGAUUGUGUAUGUACAGUUUGCAAAUGUAUACGGACGAACACUCGAGGAAAUCUACAAGGGACAGAGAUGACAGCAACUCGAAACACGUUUCUUGGGAGUGAGUCAUGA